UACUUGAUGGUGGGCUUCUUUGUCGUCAUAGUAUCCACAUAUCGAUCCAUGUGGACUAGAAUCUGCUUGAACAGCAUCUUUUGUUGCAAAGAAGUCUUCCCAACGAGUUUUUUUAGAUGUGUACGAAAUUUCUCAACUCAGGACUCGCAACGGUGCAGAGAAGCUGCAGCAACGGCCCCACAAGCACAGCGCAUUCCUCUUCCACAGCCAAACCUAGGCCAAUGUGGAAGCUUGACGAUUUUGAACUAGCUUACAACGUAGGAAAGGGAAGGUUUGGUUCGGUCUUUGCUGUUCGUUCAAAGAUGGACAAGUGUAUUGUUGCUAUCAAGAUUCUUUUCAAACGAACUAUAGAGGAAAACGAAAUGAGAGAUCAAGUAAAGAAUGAGAUUGAAAUACAGUACCAUCUUCGGCACCCGAACAUACUUCUUCUGAAAGGAUAUUUUCAUGAUGAAGAGCGUGUUUUCAUCAUCACAGAAUACGCUAAAAGUGGCAGUUUGAACGCACGCAUCAGGAAGAAGGGGAAAAUACAUGCAUUCGAGGCAGCCAGAUACCUAUACCAAGUAGCAGAUGCACUGAAUUAUUGUCAUUCAAAGGGGGUUAUACAUAGAGAUGUAAAACCUGAAAAUAUCUUCCUUGACGGAUGCGGAAAUGUGAAGCUCGCGGAUUUUGGCUAUGCUCUAAUAGCCAUUGUUUCUCGCGGUCCACCAUGCGGUACUGUGGAGUAUAUGCCUCCGGAGAUAAUUAACGAAACACCUUUUGACCACACUAUAGACAAUUGGGCAAUUGGGGUGCUCUUGUAUGAAAUGUUGGUGGGACAAUCACCAUUCCACUAUGAUGACACCGCAGAGAUAGUAGAGGCAAUUCUCGCAUGCGAUUUGAAGAUUCCAAUGAUCGUGAGACAAGAACCAGCGGAGUUAAUCAACAAACUGAUUGUAAAGGACCCAGCUAGAAGGGCAACACUUACGGAAGUUAUGACCAAUCCUUGGGUUGCUUGCUUAUCAGGCAUCUCAGCAAAAUGAGAAGGAUAUGGUUUUAAUUUGGCUUUUUAAUCUUCUACAUAGUCCAGUAGUCUCUUUCUUCCUGGAACUGAAUCUUGCUUAUGCCU